AUGGACUAUGAUGUGAUUGCGAAUCAACCUGUGGUCAUUGACAAUGGUUCUGGCUCAAUCAAAGCUGGGUUUGCCGGAGGUCAAUCGCCGAAGGUUCGCUUCGCGAAUUUCGUCGGACGGCCCAAGCAUACUCGUGUGAUGGCAGGUGCUCUUGAAGGCGACAUGUUUAUAGGUCCGAAAGCAGAAGAGUAUCGAGGUCUUCUUACUCUCAAGUAUCCUAUGGAACAUGGCAUAGUCACCGACUGGAAUGAUAUGGAGAAAGUAUGGCAGUACAUAUAUAGCCAAGAGCAGAUGAAUAUCUUUCCUGAGGAACAUCCCGUUCUCUUAACAGAAGCUCCGUUGAAUCCUAUGAAGCACAAAGAAAAGGCGGCGGAGAUAUUCUUCGAGUCGUUCAAUGUUCCUGCUCUUCAUAUUCAAAUGCAGGCUGUUCUUUCAUUAUAUUCUUCUGGUCGAACAACUGGGGUGGUUCUGGAUUCCGGAGACGGUGUUACCCAUGUGGUACCCAUAUAUGAAGGCUUUGCAGUUGAUCAUGCAAUUGGUCGCAUGGAUGUGGCAGGUCGAGAUGUUACACGGUGGUUGCGUCUCCUUUUACGUAAAGAGGGCACAGAUCUACACAGAACAAGCGAGUUUGAAAUCGUCCGUGAGAUCAAGGAGAAAGCGUGUUAUUUAGCUACAAAUGUAGUGAAGGAAGAAGCAAAUGAGAAUGAUAAGUAUAUGUAUCCCCUGCCCGAUGGUUCCCGACUCGAAAUUGGCGCUAGUCGAUUCCGCGCACCUGAAGUAUUGUUCCGACCUGAGCUGAUAGGUGAAGAAUGGCCGGGAAUAGCACAUCUUGUCAAUGAUGCGAUUAGAAAAUGUGACAUGGAUGUUCGCAAGACACUGUACGGGAGUAUAAUUUUGAGCGGUGGUUCCACAUUGUUCCAAGGCUUUGGUGAUCGACUUCUUUCAGAGGUGUGA